AUGUCUGCUGAGAUGAAGGUCUGUGAGAACAAUUGCAAGAGGAAGAGGCUCAUAAGGAGACUCUUCUCGGUCUUCCUUGCCUUCCUGAUAAUAGUUCUGUUCAUAAUACUCUUGAUAUGGUUGAUCCUACGGCCCACAAUGCCUCAGUUCACUCUGCAAGACGUGACGAUGUACCAAUUCAACGUCACCUCCCCAAACUUCUUGACCUCCAACAUACAGGCGACCGUACAAUCGCGCAAUCCCAACGAUAGGAUUGGGAUCUACUAUGACAGGCUUGAUAUCUUCGCUAGCUAUCGUGACCAGCAGAUCACUCUCCCAACACUGUUGCUCCCAACCUAUGAGGGUCAUAAAGACAUCGAUGUUUGGUCUCCUUUCAUCUCCGGUACCACUGUACCCAUCGCUCCCUACCUCGCCACCUCACUGAAUCAGGAUGAGUACUCUGGGUUUGUAUUGAUUAACAUCAAGAUCGCUGGGAAGCUCCGAUGGAAGGUGGGAACCUGGACUUCCGGUCAUUAUCGUUUAAACGUCAACUGUCCUGCUUUUGUCAGAUUUGGUAAUCCCGGCUCGGGAGACACCAUUAGAGUCGGUAGCAAGUUCCAGCUGUCUCAGACUUGCAGCACCGACGUUUGAUCCAUCCUUCUAUUUA